GGGUGGAAUCUGAUGAGGCCACGCCAGUGCUCUGAGAGUGCUCCUUUGGCUUAAAUCAGAUCCAUUUUGGUUGCUCAGAUGACAGCAGAGGUCAGAGACAUUCUGAAGGCUGAGUGUGAUGAGGGUGAGGGCUGUCUGGCUGAUCCGGUGUGUCCUACUGACCCUCCAGUCCUGGAAGAGCUAGGGGUUUCCACGAUAAGAGACCUGCCAUAUGUAACCCAAGACUCUUCCUAUGACUUCCUAGAGGACGGCGGGGCCAAUGUGGAGAGCAGCCCCCAAGAAGAAGUGAAGCAGAUGAAGGUCCAGGUCACCGAGCUUCUCCCCUUGAAGCCAGCUCCAGGCAAAGGGCCGGCUGGCGAUGAGCCCGAGCCUUCCGCUGCGCUCGGGGAGGGAGCGGCUGAACGCACCACCGAGAUGGAGCUGGAGAAGGUGCGCAUGGAGUUUGAACUGACCAGGCUAAAGUACCUGCAUGAGGAGAAUGAGCGUCAGCGGCAACAUGAGGAGGUGAUGGAGCAGCUGCACCGGCAGGCACCCCCUGGGCUGUUCCCAGGAGGAUUCCAAGACCUCCUGCUUCCUCAGAAUCAGUUUGCCAUGUUCCUGUAUUGCUUCAUCUUCAUUCACGUCAUCUACGUCACCAAGGAGAUGAUUUUCUUCCUCUUCACCAAGCAUUACCUCUUCUGCAUUGCUGCCAUUCUGCUCUGUUUGAUUAAAACCUUGUGGUCUUAUGUCCCUGUGCCCCCCUGCUCUACCCACCUAAUGGUCUACCAUGGAAACUUAACUUUCAAGUAGGCAAAGUUGUCCUCACUUUUCGUAUUCUGAUCCCUCAUUCUCUGGUAUUCUCUCUCAUUCUCAGGCAUCAAGACAAUUCCACCACUCCCAAACAUGUUCUGAAGAAAGGGAUAAUAUAUAUUGUUCCUGUGCUCCCUCUCACAUGCUUUUUUCAGGCUCCUCUCAUUUUGAAAGGGAAUGCAUUUUGUUCUGUGAUAAAGGAAUUUCAUAUACCAGCUAAAGGGUGGGAAAGCUGUUUUGGAGGGGAGGGGGACUUUCAAAAUCAAUAUCACCUCCAAGAUCAGUAUGAAUUGUUUUAGAGGAAAAGGGCCCUCCUAAGAUCAAUCAGCUCCAAGUGGGGAGAUAGGAAAUGAUUUGUGGCCCACCCCAUGACCACUAACCUAACCAACUUUUCUGAGAUUUGUGGAGUCAGAAAAUGCAGGAUUCAUUUUGACUUCUGCCUGGAAGUAGAUGCAUUAUUAUCAAAAGCUUCCCUAGAACCCUGAGUGAGACCCUGUGUAAAAACAAUGACAUAGAAUAUGGCAGCCAGACAGAAAAGAAUGUAAUAGAUGGACAGGCAAUCAUAAAAUAUUGACCUGUGAAGGGUCUUAGAAGCCAUCUUGUCCCAAGUGAUCUCGUUAGCGCGCAUAGAUUCUGAGCUAAAAGGGAGAGAGGCCUGAGCAUCUAUGCCAGUGAUGUCCAAACUUUAUGUAGCAAUCCUCCCUUUUUUAUGCUUUUCAUAAAAUGACCGAUGCAAAUAAUUCUCUUAGCUCGCAUUUUAUUCAAGUAAAGUUAAGAAUUUAUUAAAUAUUUUUGGCACAAAAAAUCUUAAAUAUAUAAUAAAAU